UGAGCUAAAUCCUUAGAGUUUAUGGAUUGUUUAUCAGUGGAAAAAAGUGAAAGUUACAGAUUGGGCGCUUUCAAACCUGCUGUGUUGCUCUAUGUUCUGGUUUCAGGGAUCAGAACAAUAUGUAGAAUAAAUCAGCACCUUCUGCUGCUCUGAUAGCAGCGUUUGUUUGAAGCCCCCUCUGUUCCUGGCCAUUACUUGAUCGAACAUAAGAAUCCAGUGAGAAAGGAUGCUUUUUUUGCUACUUAGUCACUGAAAAAAAAAAUUCUUUCUGCCUACCAGCUUACAUCAAAAGAAAUGCUAUGACACUGGGUUGUUUUUCUUUCCUAACUGACUUCCUUAAGGUGUUUCUUCCACACCUCUGUAGAAUGCAGCUUUUUUUUUUGUGGUGUGUGACAUUACUGUCUUUUAAGUGGUACUUCCUGCUUUUUGUAGGAAGAGCAGAAUUUUACAUGAAUUUUACACUCCUUAAAUCUCUCCAUGUUUUGUCUUGAUAGUUUUUCAUGCAGAAAAGUAGUCUUGUUUGGUUGGUUUUCAGUUUAAAAUAAUAGAAGAUUAAACCAUUAAGCAGGUCUGUAAUCUCAGACAGAAUCUCACAUAAUCAUUCAUUCCUGUUGGUCAAAUGAUGAGACUGGAGAUCACUUAAGGUGCAGAAUUCUUGGGGAAAUUGGCUAUCCGGCACUUAAUUACUUAUUUGUGAUAUUUUUAUACACUGUAUGACUAUAUAAAUUACUUUAAUACAGCACAUAUGUCUUGCUUUGGCUAGCUUUUGCUAAACAUUAGUUCUAUAUUAUUGUUUCCUUUUCUAUACAACUAGCACUCUCUAAAUGAUUUUUUAAAUUAUCAUAUUUUUUUCUUAUUUUACCUGGUGAGUGAAAUUCCUUCUGGUGUUUUAAGAAACUAGAUUGGGAAGUUAACAGUUGGCAACUAAUAUUUAUCUUCCUAUAUCUUCUGUUAGGCCAAGUACCUUGAUAAUGUGUCCAUUACAAAUUAAAGAGGCAUUAAUGUAUGAAAUAGAAGAAUGUCUUAAAGGUGUUCGUUUCCUCACAAUUUAGCAAGACCUUGUGAUAAAUUUAGCUGGUUAACAGUUACUGUUCUUGCCCAAGCCCCUCACCAGUUUUGAAAUCCCCACACAUUUUGCAAGCAGGGAGGCUCCCUCCUUUGUACUUCAGCUGUGGCGCAGCAUUUGCAGAACUGCCGUUCUGCAGGCUGGGUACAGAGCCACAUAACAACUGUGGGAGAAUGGGUUCUUGUUUAUAAGGAGCUGUGAAUAUGAAUUACACUGAGUUUUCUCAGUGGAGUGGUGGAAUCAGCCAUGUCUUCACUGGUGUCAAAACAGGCUUUACUUGACUGUGCUAUUUGCAUAACAAAAUGAGACCUGCAAAGCUGCACUAUUGGAUUCUGGGUUGGUUUUUCAUGGCACUAUGUUGUUGGAGUCCUUCAGAUACAUUUACUCAAAGUGACAUCCACCCUCAUGACUGGAAAAAGUUGUAUUUUGCUCAUCAUUGGCCAGUGACUGUAUGUAAGAUGAAUGCUAAUGAUUGUCAUGACCCACCAAAGUACUGGACAAUCCAUGGAUUAUGGCCUGACAGAGCUGAAGACUGUAACAAGACAUGGCAUUUCAAUGUUACUGAGAUCAAGGAUCUUAUGUCAGACAUGAGACAUUACUGGCCUGAUGUUCUUCAUUCAUCUCUGAAUCGCACCCAGUUCUGGAAACAUGAGUGGGACAAACAUGGCACUUGUGCAGCCACACUUGAGGUCCUUAAUUCUCAGAAAAAAUACUUUGGUAAAGCCAUAGAACUCUACCAGCAUGUUGAUCUCAAUGGUUGUCUCUUGAAAGCUGGGAUAAAGCCGAGCAGUUCAUAUUACAAGAUGACUGCUAUAAAGGAAGCUCUCACAAGAUUUUAUGGUGUAACACCAAAGAUCCAAUGCUGUCCUCCAGAAGAGGGUGAAAAAGCACAAACAAUUGGCCAGAUUGAAUUCUGCUUCACCAAAGAACUGCAGCUGGUAAACUGUACGGUGCUGGAGGAUGGAUCCAACCCAAUGCAGGCUCACUUGAAGCUUGGAACUUCAGAGCUGUCGGUUUGCAAUGAUACUCUCCCAACCUAUUAUCCUUCAGAGGUCCAAGAUCACAAAUGAAGCCAUAAGAGUUUGAAAAGCUUUUUCAACAGCAACAAAACCCACACUCAUGUAAUAUUACAAGACCCUGUCCAUAUCACAGGCCUACAGUGAAGAUUUCUGCUGGAAAACACAGUUCUUUUAGUUCCUUUUCUAUUAAAGGAGAGUGGUCCACAUGAUGGGAUCAGUAUUUUAUCUACUGUGUGGUUUGGAUUUUUUGUCUUGCUUAUGGUUUGCAAUCAAUGUUCAGAAGAGAACUGUGACUUCUCAGUUUGACAUGCAGUUAUCUGCCACUUCAGCUGCUUUUUGGUUUUUACCAGUGAGUCAGGGAACUUAGUUCUUUGUAUUGAAAGAAUUAUUAUCUUUCUGAGAUGAGGUGACAAGUUCUUGAGAGGGAAAUACCGUAAACAGUAAAAACUCUUGAGACCUAUCUGGAGGUCCAUUUCCAGAUACAUUUGCCACUGCCUUGCAUAAUUGCUCUCCAGAAGUGCAGCACAGAGACCAUAUCCUCUGAAGUGUAGAACCUUUCCUCACUGAGGGAUCACAGUGGAGCAAAGACAACUUUUGCAUAACUUCUUAGUGAAGUAAUAACAUUCUCCAAGUUUGGGCUUUUCUACCUUAAAGAUCUCAAGGAAACUAUAUUUGUAUCUUACCUGAUCUUUGGUUAUUUUCAUGACAGUAGCUCUAUACAGUAGCUCUAUAUUCUUGAGGAACAACCAAUUCUAGAACAUUUAUGUUAGUACAGGAGAAUGUUAGGCCCCAGAAAUAUGUUGUUACUAAUUUUUAGUUGUGUUUGAGCAUUCAGUAUUACUACUUGUGAGUGCCUACACUUGUAUAUAAAAACAAGAUUGUCACAUAAUCACUUUGUUCCAAGAAACAUCUUUUUAUACAUGAAACAAUAAAUACUACUGGAUUUUCAGUAAAAAGUACAGAUGUUGGCAAUAGUGUGUCUCUACCCCAUAAUGAUGAGUAACAUGCCACAAAGGUGGAUGUUUCUAAAGGGAACCAAAUUUUGAUGAUUGUCUUCCCCAAAGUGCUGUGUUGAUUUGUGUGUCUCAAAGACAAUUAUGGCUCAAGGAGCCAUCUGUUUAUUAGAAUAAUGUUACUGUGAAAACUUAAAAUGCAGUAUUAGAAACAAAUUUGUUAUUUUGAGGGGGUCAGAAACCAUUUACUCUCAUUUUUGACUGUCCGUAUUUCUCUAUCACCUUUCAUUUAAUGCUGUGUUACCUUUCCAUUCCAGAAUGCUGUCAAUUUCUUUGGCCUUGCUUGAAACUCAGAUAUUUAUUUUAACAGCCAAGAAAUUAUUAUGGUCUGUCAAGCGACUGAUUGUUGUGUUUGCCUGUUUUUUCUGCAGUUGCUUUAAUCCCUCAGUCCUGUUUCUCAGUCAGAGAUAAAGCUUUGACUCUUGCCAAAGGGAGUCAGCAGAGACGCACGAGUCACAAAUGACCAAACUCUGCAGCAGAGUAGAUAGUAUGGAUUCCAUGCAUUUUUUGGCCUCAUUUUCAAAUGCAAGAAAUGUGAAGGAGCUGAUAAGUCUUAAAACUUUGAGGAGAAAAGAACAUAAUCCAGAAUGAGUGAGGGAGACAACAUGCCAGCAACUGAGGAGAAAUUGACUGAGAAAAAGUAAAGCUUGGUAAAACAGCCUCAUGUACUCUGAAGUCCCAUUUAAAGGGACAUACCUGAAGUACGGUGUUUGCCUUAAAAAACCCAUACCCACAUACUUUUUAUUACAGAUGAAAUAAUAAAUUUUUUAUGGUGAACUUCUGAGUAGUAGCAACAAAACACUAUGUAUAUGAUUACCUGUGCUUGGGUUUUGGCAAACCCAUCUGCUUAACUUCUGGGAAGAUACAAAUGUCUUUUUAAAGAUACCUGCUGAUUUUUAUACAGAGAUGUGCCAAGACAUUAUGAAGUUUUAAGUGAUAUAUUUAAGGGAUGCUUUAAGGUCUGUAUCUGGGCAGCCAGUAGAGCAGAUGAAUAAAUGUUCUCACCACUUCAGACCAAAGACCAUGUCCAGCCCUUCGUGUUCUUUCUAGCAAUGGCUCUCAGCCAGUUGUGGGCCUUGUCAGUUGCUUUCCAUCAGAAUGUGUACAAUUUCAAGAGUUGGAUUAAGGCAGUUUAAAUAAAAGAAGUAAACAAAGGUGUAUUGGGAGCCAUAAAACUCACUUCAGUUCUGAAAAGCAUCACUCACUUCCUUGUGCAAUAUAAAUUCUGUCAACCUUGACAAUUCAGAACAGCCUGGGGAUGAUGGGUCCUGCAUUCUUUUCUGCAUCAUUGAAUAAAUUAACUAAAUUCCAGC